UAUAAACAUGCCUAGUAACAGCAAAAAUAGAGUCGAAAAGACGAAAAAAAAAUUUCGACUUGAGUGAGUAGCUACUCACUCAGUUUUCUAGUUGAGUGUUGUUUGCAACUAACAUUAGCGACUCAGUGAUCUCUAGCGCUCACUAUACAUUGAGUUAUAUGCUGCUCCCCGAGAGUGCUCGGUGCGAUGCGGUAGCACUGCCACUCACAACAAAUCAAAAUCAAUCUGUCGUCCAAUUGCCGAAUAUGUGCCACGAAAACGAUUGCCAGGUGUCAAAUAUACAUGGGUUCGAUGUGCGCCAAAUUUGACCGUGUAUCAAGUCAUUCCGGAGGCAUGUUUUGGUCGUAUCUACAUCCAAAUCGACAAGCGUGGCCUCUUCGAAAUCCUUAAGCGGCUGAAAAACACAAAGUACAGGAAAUUUUUAAGGACAAUGGCAGCAAUAAACGAUGGCAACAAAGAACUGUGGGAUCGCAUGUGGCGUAAAUAUUUCGGCAUCAGUAAAAUCGAACGCCAUCUGGCCGGCUUAACAUUCGCCAAUCAAAUACAAACCGAUGGCAAUGCAUUCGUUUUUCUGAUGAGCAAAGAGAAGACGAAGAAGAAAAACGAUGCAACUGAUGCUGAAACCAAAGAACGGCUACGAAAUAUACUACGCCACUGUCAUCGCGAAGUAAGAUUUGAUGUUAUCGAUCGUGAAACAAUUUAGGAAAAAGAAAAAAUAUCGCCCACGGAAUUCGGACGACUAUGGCCGCCAGCCAAAAGUCGAACUGAAACGCUUCAAUAUGAUCGAUGGAAUAUUCCAAGCAUAUGCUUAUGCCGGCUGCUGAAAAUGCUGCGAUAUUAUCAGUGAAGAGGCCACGAACACAUUUGCGACGUCGGCGCCUAGAUGUCAUCGCAUGGAAAUACAUACAAAAUGAUGAUGAUGUUGGUGAAACGACAAAAGUCCGUUCGGUUACAUUGAAUCGAGACACUAAUGCCGGUCGAAAUAUUCGACUUCGCGCUAUUGGGAAUAAAAUUGCCAGAUGCAUUCACAGUCGAUGCCAAGACACAAAAGCAACAUGAGGAGCGACGCUUCAAAGAAUUUGAUGAAAAUAAGCGUAAAAAGCAACAAAAGUGUCAAACAACAAAUUUCGAUGAAGCUGAAUACGAUUCGGAUCAGCCAUGGUGGUCGUCAAGCAGCGAAGAAGAUGCAAUCGAUUUGAGCAACAGUAAAUUGUCAGACAACAGUGAUGAUAGUAAUGAUAGCGGUAGUAGUAGCGGUAGCUACGACGAUGGAGGAAACUGAUAAUAGCAUCGUUCACACACUACACAUCGCUCAUUAAAAUCAACAAUCAAUCAAACAAAUAAAUGAAAAAUUAAUUUAGUUUAAUUUAAGGAACAAUGUUAAUAGUUCUUAUCAUGAAGUCUGGCUACAUAGCGUGGAUCCCCUAACCGAUAUGAAAUAAAGAGUGAGUGGACCCCCUAAUACAAUUCUACUAAGAAACAAAUUACAAAUUUGGAUUAAGACAAACAUGGUUUUCCUCUCUCAAUAACCCAUAAUUAAAACCUAUUUUGUAUUUUAUAUCAAUUUCCUUUGUAAGUUAUCCAAUUUUUUAUAAAAUCUUAAUGAUUUAUUUCUAAUUAAUUUUAAUUACCUGAAUAAUUUUAUCCUGUAAACAUGCCACUGAAACUUCACUGCUAGAUGAAUGCUUAUCCCAAUCAGGUGUUGUGAUACAUGGUGAUCCUUCACCAUUCUUUUUAAAUCGGAAAUUUAAAUAUAAGUUAGCUUUAUGUUUUGGAACUAAUUUUUUUUGGUGUUAAAUUGAGAAAUUCAAAGUCUUUAAAAAUAACUGACACGACAUCGUCAAUUUUCGAUUGUUGAUUAUAGAAAAUAAGUGAUUUCAUAAAUUAAAAAUUAUAUAAUAGAAUAUUUUACAUUUGGUAGAGCUAUUGAUGCCGGUGCCGAGCUAUGUAGUCGGUGUUGAGAAUCAUCAAUAAUUUGUUGCUUCUCCGUAUCAGACAAAGGUGAAUUUACAACGUCUCGUAAACGAUUUCGUAAUGAUUCAUUCUCUUCACUUAGUUGUUGACUUUCUUUGAUCGCUUUAUCGUAGUUGACCUUCAACAAUAAAACCAAAAUAGAUUGGUGAACAUUUUAGUCAAUGAACUCUAACAAUGGUAUUUCAAAAAACGACCCAAUUGGUGCACAUCACAGAAAAUGACACCAAAAAACUAUAUUUAAUAUUAUUCAUUUUGAAAUGAAACAAAUUCAUUAAACCCAGAUAGCUUUCAAAAAUAUAUAGAAUAUGCUUUUAUUAAUGGUUUCUGAGAAAAAGAACCAGAAAAAAUCAUGAAGAUUUCGUCUUUGAGGCACUCGGUGUAUCUUAUAUUAAAAAUAUCUGUGCAUUUUGUGUCAAAUGAAGAUAAACUUCCAUCACAGCGGACAGCAGUUCGGGCGAGUGACGAAAAUUCCUUGAUGUAGAAAAAAGUCGACUCGCUAUAUAUACACGAAGCAUCCAAAAUCCAAACCCAGAGCCUCUGAUGUAUGCCCCUGGGUCAUGAAACAUGCGAUACACAAUCUUUUCACUCUUUUCCAAAAACAGAAACGAAAAACUUCACAGAAUUGAGUUCCCCAUACAAAAUAUAUGACGGGCACUGAGUGACCCAGAGAACAAAUCGCUAUAUGUUUUGUGUGGGCCUUUUUUCAGAAUCCAUGGCAUUAUCAAAUGCAUAUUUAAUAUUUUUGUGUAGGAACGGAA